GCUUUGCUUCACACGUAUACGGCUGAGCAGCACAGCGUGCCCCAAAGGAAAGACAAUGGAUGGUGAAGCAGAAAUAGUGAGUGGAUGCACCCACAGAGAAAACAAAAGGUCAUACAAAGACUUUUUGAUGGAUGUUGAGGACCUGGAGGAAGCAGGAUCAGAUGCAGAGGAGCAUAGCACCAAGAUGCUUCACCAGUGUAUCCAAGAAAACUUGUUGCAUCCAUGUUUUAAUGCAGAGGGAAACAUUACUCUGAGGAGUCCAGGUCCCAUGAUGGAGUACUUGGUGUAUCUUAAUAGCCAGCAUUAUGGGGCAGAUUGUCCCAGUAACGGACCUGCCAGCCCCUCUGUCUCUCCAGUAGGCAACUGGCCUCGUCACUCUACACCUAUUCCUAGUUCACUGACAGCCAUUUCUACUACUGUUAGCUCCACGAUGACUAGCUUCAUGACUGAUUCAUGUAGUCCCAUUGGUUUUAUAUGUGGUGUCACCACUUCAGCCACAGACCCUCUAAUGUCCACCCCCAAGAGUCUCUGCUGCUCUGACCAGGAUCCUGCCAGUGCUGCAGCUUACCUUCACCUCCUGGGAGAAUCGUUAUCCCUGAUUGGACACCAUCUCCAGGAGACGGAUAAAAUGGUGUGUAUGUCGAGUAGUUUGUCUCUACUCUUGGACUCUCUAUUGUGUGCUAUGGCUCCACUUACCGGCCUCACUAUGCACAUACCAGAGCUGAGGAGCUGCACACAACACACACUGGCCUCCACCUUGGAUAACAUUGCGUAUGUGAUGCCUGGCCUGUGAGUAAAAGGAGACCCCUACUGGCUCUACACAGCAAUGAUAACCUGAAAAACAUUUUUCUGGUAGUUGAUACUUGAAAAGUAAGAGUUGUUGUGUUAUGAGAAUUUGCCUGCACUUUGAACUUUGAAGUGAACUUUUUUCAGAAGGACAUUUUUUUUGUUAAUUACAUAUGUUAAUUAUGUUUAAAAUGCAAAUUAAAUGCCUUGCAUUAACUAUUUGAUUAGAUAAGAUUUUUGAACACUCUGCUUUUUAAAUUUAUUGAAUAGUGAUAGAGAUGUCUUGUGUCCUUGGAAAACAUUAGAAGUAGUGGGUAAUUCACAGUAGAGAUCAGGCAUCACAUAUUUACAUUUGCCUGGUAACUCAAUAAUAAAUGUACAAGCUGUGGGGAUGUGUGAAAAUCUGUAAAUAUUACCCAGCUACUUUAAUCACAGCCAUGAAUAUAUGCUGAAAGAGUAAUUUUCUUGUUUUGCAAAUUACUGACAACAGGUUAACAUUUAAAUCCUUAAUGACAAAGUGUUAGUGACAUUAAUCAAGAGGUCUGUUUGUAAUUGCUUUGAUGUUGAAAUGAAACUUAACAGCUCUUACUCAUAUGGAAGGCCAUGAAGACUUGAAGUUUUAUGCUUAAUGA